CUUUGUAUUUAGCACUCCUGAUGUUGGUGUCGAUUUCCGUUACUAGAUCUACGUGGCUUCAUGCGCUACAAUGAACGCCAUAUGACGCAGUUAUUGUGAAGACCUGGGUGCGAAUGUAUGGACGAAAGAGACCAAGAUAUCAGUCGAAGUAUAAGUUAAAAAUGUUUCGGAUAAAAUUAAUUAAACAAAUUCUUGGAUUUUCAAUGUGUAUGGCGUUUUGUUUUAUGAUCACAUCUUUAGUGCGACCAGAGAAAGAUGUUCACACCAUGUCGCGAGCGUCCGAUUCUGGUGAUACUGUGUGGGAUACACUUCCUAGACGGCCUAUUAUUCAGCAUCAAGAAAAGCAAGAAUCGAUGCGGCGAGGAAGAAUAAACGUUCGGGACUUGUGCAAAGGAAACAGUUUUGAAAAAGAAAAUGUGUUUGAAUAUGGCAGAUUAAUGCAGAAUCGUUCAGUGUAUUACUGCUACGUUCCAAAAUGUGGAACAACUUUCAUGGAAGUAUUUCUAAAGAAGGUCUUCACAAGUCCGAACACUGUUUUUACAAAGGAAUACUAUGAAGAGAUAAAGGAGCCCCAUACGUUACCAGAUGCGUAUUCUUUCACCUUCGUACGAGAGCCAUAUAGCAGAUUGUUUUCAGCAUACGAAAAUAAAUUUUUCCACCCAAACGAAAUGUGGAAGAAGCUAGGAACUGAAGUUAUCCGUGAAGUAAGGCCAGAUGCUUCGGAAACAAGUAAAGACAUCGGCCAUGACGUAACGUUUUCUGAGCUGGUACAGUAUGUGGUGAAAAUGUGGGCAGAAAGGAGACCCCUAAACCCACACCUUGCGCCAAUGAAAACUAUUUGUGAUCCGUGUCAAAAACGUUUUGAUUUUAUAGGAAAAUUGGAAACAAUGUCUCAAGAUCUACAAGAUUUAGUUGAAGAGUUAAAAUAUAGGGAGGUCGUUUCAAAAGGCAUCAGCUCUACAGCUAAGAUAGAAUCUGACACGAAAAAUUCACGAGUUUUCGGUCGUAUAUUCCACAUGUUUGAAAGUGUGAAAAAGUACAAAAACUUGAUAUCCAAAUAUAAACUUUUUCAAAGAACCUGGUCGAGUUAUCAGAUGAGAGGAGUUAUUCUUAAAGAAAUUGAAAUGCCUUUUCUUGAGAUGGAUGUGGAAGAUGUAGAGGAACCCGAAUACAGACUUGCAGUUAAGGAUGCAGUUGAAUCCAGUGUAAAGUAUGAAGCUGAGCUAAAAGCACAGCGUACAGAGUCGCUCGUUCAAGCCUAUAGAACGGUUCCAUUGGAUUUAAUGACCAAACUGCAAGAAUUCGUAAAAAGUGAUUGUCUUAUAUUUGGGUAUGAUGACAAGCCAAAGCAACUGUUCGACAGAUCGUUCCCGAUUAAUCCAGAAGGACACGACUACUUUAAGGGGUUGUAGGAUUAUCAUUUUUUUUAAUUUCGAAAAAGCAACCUUAUGUGAACAAGAGAAAGUCAACUCAAGCAUUGUUAUC